AACAAUUCCGCUCUCAUUUCUAUUCUUCUACAAUCACUCAUCAACACUCCUAUCAACAAUCACCACCAUGAAGUCAUCUAUCAUCUUCUCAUCUAUCUUCGCUGCCAGCGCCGUCGCAGCACCGCUCUCGAAGCGCGACGAUAUUCCUUCGCCAGGCCUGGUGUUCGACCAGCUCAUUGCACUAUGUGAUAAGAUCGGCGGUACACCUAUCACCUCCACUGUCUGUAAAACAGUUACUGGCCUCGAUGUGGGCGUAGCUGCCGCCGACCCUGAGACCGGUGACCUCGCUAAAGUCACGGUAUCUGGCGGAGGGCUGCUCGAAGGAGCAUCAAUCACGAUUCCCGUUGCGUCUCUGGACAGUAUUCUUGGGCAGCUCUCGAAGCGUUCUCAAAACCCUGUAAAUAUAUACAUUUGCGCUUCACGUAUCAAGUGCUCAUCCUCUCAGGUUUUUGAUAUCAUCAGGAGCGAGAAGCCUCGCGCCGUCUCAGUCGACCUCGGCGGUGUAGGUGUUGAUAUCAAGCGUGAGGCUGAGGCCGAUUUCGAGGCACGCGCCGUCUCAGUCGACCUCGGCGGUGUAGGUGUUGACAUCAAGCGUGAGGCUGAGGCAGAUGACCAGGUACGCAUUUGAGGUAGAUUAUAAGACUGAUGAACUCUCUCGAUCUGCGCAUGUGGGUCAUUGAGCCAUGCAUCCUGUUCUCGAAACCGAGAAUUACGCUUUUCAUGAUGAG